AUGGCUGAGGUCAGUCCACUGGCAGAGCUCUUGGGGCAGGCCAUUUACCAUUUCAACCUUGUGAGACCACUUUUGCCGACUUAUGGACAUGUCAUUCUCUCUGCCUUGUUCCCACUAUACAUUGGCGCCCAUGCCUCGCUUUCAAGGCCCAGUUGUGCCGCGAAGCCUCCCAAAGCGUCCGAGAAGGAAGCUAAGAACGAAACGGAGGAUGAAGAUGAAGAAGACGAAGCCCAUGAUGAUGAUCAGAAAAUGGAAGGUCUUGCCCCAAGCGACGCCCUGGUGUUUCCGUUGACGGCUGGUGCAACACUUGGUGGCCUGUACCUAGUCAUCAAAUGGAUGGGAGCCGACACCUUGAAUAAGAUUCUUGGAUUUUACUUCUCUCAAAUGGGCAUAUUCUUUGCCAUGGCCUUUGUGAAAGACGCCCUUUCGGUUCUGAGAUCAUUCGUCUUCCCGCGUAAAUACAAGCGCGGUGGGAAGGUCUGGAAACCCAAGCCAUCUGACCGGGUCUUCACUGCUAUACAAACCUCGGCUGGUUCGGAGCAACUUGAAACGCAACAAUCGCCUCUACCAGGAAUCUUCGGUCUGAUUCCGUUGCCUGGUACUGUUCUUAGCGCUCUUUGGACCUGCCGUGAGGUACUGUACUGGCGAGCAAAGCUUCGUUUCCAUGUCCAUCGCAUCGUCCACCUGGAUUGUUCCAUAGGUACACUUGAUAUCUUGAGUGUGCUGAUGGCCCUACCAGCAGUGGCCUAUUUCACAUUUGUCUCCAAGCCAUGGUGGUUGACCAACUUUCUCGGCUUUUCCUUCUGCUAUGGUACUUUACAACUAAUGUCGCCAUCUACGUUCGUCACGGGGUCUCUGAUUCUCGGCUCGUUGUUCUUUUACGACAUAUACUUUGUUUACUUCACUCCCUUAAUGGUGACUGUUGCAAAGAACCUCGACGUCCCUAUUAAGCUCUUGUUCCCUCGGCCGCCCGCCCCGACGGAGGCUCCUGGCACAGUUUCUCUAGCAAUGCUAGGCCUAGGUGACAUCAUCGUGCCCGGCAUGAUGGUUGGACUGGCUCUUCGAUUUGAUCUCUUUCUGUAUUACAAGCAAAAGGGCAUGCUCAAGGCGAAAGCUGAAGGCGAAGCAUCCGGAUUUGUCAAGCCAAUAUUCCAACAAGCGACGGGGGGAUGGGGAGAGCGGUUCUGGGCGCCAUCAGCCAAAUCGACCGAGCCUCAGCUGGAAAUUCCAUACGAUACCGCUCGUUCUUUUCCAAAGACCUACUUCAAGGCCAGUUUGGUCGGAUACACUGUUGGGAUGGUCACAACGCUUGCCGUCAUGCAAAUAUUUGAUCAUCCGCAACCGGCUCUCUUGUAUCUCGUUCCAGGAAUAUUGAUAUCGCUAUGGGGAACAGCAUUGAUCAAGGGUCAGGUACUCGAAAUGUGGGAAUUUAGCGAGGGCGAAGAAGACGAGGAAGAUACGAGCGAAAAAACCGGCCAGGAAAAUGCAGCCACCUCGGACAAGGGCCGUAGUCUAUUUGCUCGUCUCUUUUCCAAGGCCAGCGAAAACACAGAAUCUGGGAACCUCGACAAAGCUUCCAAUGACACCAAACGGGAUACGGCAUCAUCUGAGAAAACCAAAGAUCCGGCUGACGAAGAGAAAACCGAGAGCAAAGACAAGCCGGCCUCAAAAGCGGAUGACAAGGAUGAUUCUAAGCAUCUCGAUAUUUUCUCCUUUUCUAUCUACGUUCCUCGCAGGGCAAAAUCGAGCAAAACACACGCCGAAGAGAAUACCGGCAAACCUACUAUUUAUGGAGAAGAAAAUUGGUCAUACGUUGGUGUCGGCAAGAAGGAUAAUGAACCACCUGCGAAGAGGCGUCGACGCAGUCCGAGAAAUGCUGCAGCGGCGUCUCAAUAG